GCAAUCAUUAAUUUGUUCUUAAUAAAGACAAAAGGAAUGGCUCCUCCAAAAACGUUCGAAUAUGAACAUCUUGGUCUUUUGCAUGACAUGUUUCGUCGUCAAGCCAAACUUACGCCAAAUAAAACGGCAAUUGUUUCGGCCGAUGGAGGCAGCAUCACUUUUAAAGAAUUGGAUGAACUAACAGAUAUUUUAAGCAUAAAUCUUAGACAUAAGGGUGUAAAACCCAACUCAAUUGUUGGCAUAUACAUGAAGAGAUGCGUGGAGUACUCUAUAGCCUAUAUAGCGAUUCUUAAAGCAGGUGGAGCCUAUAUGCCUAUUGAUCCUUCUUAUCCACAAUCCUUAAUUGACACUAUCUUGUCGGAUUCUGAACCUGCUGCUGUCGUUACUCUCCCUUCUAACGAGAGCCAAGUUCAAAAUGCUAAAGAAGUUAUCGUCCUAUCGCAAAAUUGGCCUAAUGAUAUGGUGAAAGAGAAUGAUCACCAUCCAAAAUUGAUUGGCGAACCAACAGUAACUCUAGAUGAUUUAGCUUAUACAGUUUACUCCUCUGGAACUACCGGAAAACCGAAAGGUAUCCUUUGUCCGCAUAGAGGAGCCGUAUUCUCUUAUCAUUGGCGGCACGAAGCCUUCCCCUACGGUGAGGAUGAAAGGGAAGCGUGUAAUAUAUUCUUCGUGUGGGAAAUGCUUAGACCACUCCUCAGAGGAACAACUAUGUACAUAAUCCCCGAUGACAUAAUAUACGACCCUGUCGAACUAUGUAAAUUUUUGAAAACCAACAAAAUAACAAGAAUGCUAUUUACGCCAUCAUUGCUCGAAGCCGUCAUGGAUAGUAAAUUGGCUGAUAUAGAAAAUUCUUUCAAGUCUAUGCGAGCGAUUUUAUUCUGCGGUGAAGUAGUGACGACAAGUCUUUUCAAGAAAUGUAUGAAAUUGUUAAGCUGGAUUCAAUACAUUAAUUUGUAUAGCGUUUCUGAAGCCCACGAUAUCAGUUGCGAUGAUAUGAGCAAAUCCUGGAGAGAAAAUUCUAGUCAAUACGAUGAGAGAAACUAUUGCGGUACUGGCAGCCUUCUUCCAGGUGUUCAUGUUGUCAUUUUAGACGACGAUUUGAAUGUACAGCCCCAAGGAGCCCAGGGGGAGAUUUAUGUCGGGGGGCCAACGCUUGCAAGAGGUUAUCUCAAUAGACCAGAUCUAAAUGCUCUACGUUUCAUUAAGCGCCCUAAAAGCCUCCCAUCUUACAUGGGUGAUAGACUUUAUAGAUGUGGCGACUGGGGUUUUAUGAGAGCUGACGGUAGCCUUGAGAUUUGCGGGAGAUGCGACAGCAUGGCAAAAAUUCGAGGUUACUCUAUAGAGCUACAAGCUGUUGAGGCUGCUUUACUCGAGACAAGUGACCUUGUACAAAAUGCAGUAUGUUCAGUUAUUGGAGAAGAGGGAAAGGAAAAAACAUUAGUUGCAUAUAUAGUGAAAAAGUCGACAGAUGUAACAGCUAGAUCCAUUAGAAUAGCAAUGAAGCGGAAGGUACCUUUUUACAUGAUUCCGUCUCAUUUUAUCUUUCUAGAAAAAAUCCCAAUUUUAGCAUCCUCAGGCAAAUUAAACAAAAAAGCUUUGCCCCCAAUUAACACUAAAGCCGGAAUAGAUCCGGAUUGUUUACCAUCAACUGAAACUGAGAAGAUAUUAUCGCGAAUAUGGUGUGGAGUUCUCUCAUUAGACGCAGUAGACAUCAAUGAAAGUUUUUUUGACCUAGGUGGUCAUUCAUUACUAGCUACGAAACUCUUAAACAAAAUUCAAGAGGAAUUCAACAUUGAAAUUCCUGUUAGAGAUCUAUUCGCCUAUAAUACUGUAAGCGAUCUUGGAAAGUUAUUAGAUUUAAAGGUGAAAGGUGAACGAAGACACGAAAAUGAACUCGUAAAGGUCGACUUGAAAAAAGAAGUGGAGAAACACGAUCAGAUUAUAACAGGCAUGGAUAUGCAAUUAAGAGCCUUCUGGAGGUCUCUACGAUUUGGAGAUAGAUGGAAUCAGAGCAACGUUUUACUAACAGGAGCAACAGGUUUCCUCGGGGCCUUCUUAAUAAGAGAAUUACUAUUAAAAACAAAGAUGCACAUAUUUUGUCUUGUUAGAGACACUGCGGAUUUAACGGGGAUUGAUAGGAUAAAGCAAAAUUUAAGAUCUUACGGCAUACUGCCUUUGAACAAAGAGCAUGCAACAGCUGAAGAAACUGUAAUCGAAGCUAAAUUCUCGCAGCGGGUCGUCGCCGUUAAAGGUGACAUAAGCUUAAUGAAACUGGGCGUUAACGAAGAUGAAUACAAUUAUUUGUGUGCCGAAAUUGGUUUUAUAAUACACACAGCAGCUUAUGUUAAUCUUAUUUAUCCAUAUAGGGCUCUUUACGCCCCAAACGUUCUUGGUACAAGCAAUAUUUUAGCAUUCUCCUGUACAAGUAAGAUUAAACCACUCCACUACAUUAGUACGAAUGCCGUGUUUCCUCAUGACAUGAGAGAUUGCAAUGAAAAUACUGAUAUGAAUCAAGUUUCGGAUCAGUUAACGGAAGGUUACUCCCAAACUAAGUGGGUCGCAGAACAACUCGUAAAAAGAGCUAUGAACAAAGGUCUACCUGCUACUAUUUAUAGACUAGGAAAUCUAAGCGGGGACUCAAAAGAAGCAUAUUGGAACCCCGAAGAUUUUAACUUAUUGAAUUUACAAUGUUGCAUUGGCGUUGGUGCAACACCCGAUGUCGAUUGGGAAAUUGAAAUGACACCAGUUGACUUUGCCAGUAAGGUUAUUGUCAAUUUGACAAAGCAAAUGGUAUUGGGUUUAGGGAAAGUUCUUCAUUUGAUACAAACAUAUCCUCUUAAGUCGAGAUGGUUAUUUGAUUGGCUUAUAUCCCACGGCUACAAUAUUCGAUACGUCUCCUUUGAAAGAUGGGAAAGCUUGCUCAAUGAGAACUCAUCUCUUGAGUUCUGUAACAGCUUAUUGAGGCUUAUCAAUGGAGCAGUUAAAAAGAACGAAUUUUUUACGUGCAAGAAUAUAUUUAAUCGCGUGUCAACGGAGAAAAUUCUAGGGGAGCUUGAUUUAGCUUAUCCACAAUUAGAUCACGCUCUUAUACAAACAUAUUUUUCGAAAAUGGCUAGUAGAGGUGUUAUAUUACCUGUUAGGAAAAAUACCAUAGUGGAGAGAAUUUUAGAUAAACGGGUUGCUGUAGUAACUGGGGCAUCCAGUGGUAUUGGAGAAGCAAUUGCUAGGAAACUAGCUGAGAACGGAAUGCGAGUUGCCUUACUUGCUAGAAGAGUGGACAAGCUAAAAAUAAUAGCAGGUGAAAUUUCAAAGAAUGGAGGGUCAGCUAUCGCUAUUGAAUGCGACGUUUGUGAUAGAACUAGUGUAAAAGAAGCAGUUAAUCAUGUUAGAACUAGCCUAGGGGAAGUAGAUGUUCUAGUCAACAAUGCUGGCGUCAUGUUCUACGGAGAGAUGAAGAAUCCUCGAGUAGAAGAGUGGAACAAGCAAGUAGAUAUUAAUUGUAAGGGAGUAUUAAACUGUUUGGAGCCCAUUCUUCCUCUAAUGAUAAAAGCAAAGAAGGGUCAUAUUAUAAAUAUCACGUCUAAUGCUGGAAGAAGGGGAUUUCCUGGCUUAGCGGUUUAUAGUGGGACUAAAUUCUUUGUCGAGGGACUAUCUCAAGCCCUUCGGCAAGAAGUAUCUCCCGAGGGUAUUAAAGUGACUACUAUUCAACCUGGGGAUGUUAAAACCGAAUUACUAGGGCACAGUACCGACAUCCAGGCACGUGACAAAUUUGAUGUGCAAGAUAAAGGUGAGAUUGUACUUGUGCCUGAGGAUAUAGCUAACGCUGUUUUUUACGCUGCUUCCCAACCGAAACAAGCCGAAGUCAACGAAAUAUUGAUUGAACCAAGAAUACUUGAGUGCUAG